AAGCUUAAUUAGUGUAUGCUUGUAUAGCGAACGCAAGAGUGUAUUUACACUAAUAUUAUAAAAUGAUCAGUUCAUUAAGAGAUGAGAAAAAAAGGUCCCCAAAAUGCGCAAGAUGUCGUAAUCAUGGAUUCGAUUCUUCUUUGAAAGGACACAAAGGCUACUGCCGUUGGAGAGAUUGCGUGUGUCCAAAAUGUCUGCUAAUCGUAGAAAGGCAAAGAGUGUUAGCAGCACAAGUCGCUCUGAGAAGACAACAGAUGCAAGAUUCAAAACAGAGAUUGACUCCACUUCCACGGGGAGAUAUAUUUCCGGUAGCAAGACCAAAUAUAUCAGAAAAUGAUUACAAUGGAGAAUCAGAGAGUGACGAUAACGUGUCGUUAACCGAUCUUCAAUUCAACGAACGCAAAACGUCGUACAAAAGUGAAACUUAUCAAGGUCACGAAUAUCCAAGAGAUCAUCAUGGUCAAGGAACCCCACCUUAUAUGCACACGCAAAGUUAUGUACCAAUACCAAUGAGAUAUUUUGGCAAAUCGGCAAGUUUAAAAAGAGAUACACCGUUUCAAAGUUUUUCAACAUAUAGACCCAAAGAGUUAUUAGAUCGAAUGACACCUGGGUAUUUGGGGAGAAUAUCUCCUUAUCGCCGGCAACCAUGUUCGCUUAAGUAUUACAACGGAAAAAUAUACCCAGACGAUCGCUGCCACAAAAGUAGUUGGAUGCACCAUAUACCUAAUCAUCCGCAUUCUGUAGAUUAUAUUUUGGAAGAUAAAAAUUUAAACGAAGAAAAACACGAUAUAAAAAGUAAUAACGAGAGUUCUCCCGAAAAAGAAAUUAGAAAAUCACCAAUCAAUAUGUUGUUGCGAUUAUUUCCCCAGCACUCAUCUCCAUUACUUAAAAAUAUACUGUCAGAAUGCAAUGGUGACCCAGUGCAUGCUAUAGAAUGUAUAUUAGACAAAUACCCUUCCGAUAUCACCAAAAACGAACUAAUUUUACAAAUGGGUCGCGCAUCAACCAGUCCAAAUACAAAAGAAAAAACAGACAAUGGAAAACUUCUAGAUGGUAAUAUCGGAAGAAUGCAUUUGAACAAACAGGCAGACGAUCAACUAUCGAACUUAGCAAGAGCCUAUGACAUUCCUAUGAACAUAGAAGAUAACAGACAAACUUUCAGCAAAAUAUAAAAAAUGUAAAUAAUAAAUAAAAAUACUUAUAAUUUUUACUAUAAUAGCAAAAAUAAUUUUUUA